UUUCCUUCAAAAUUUGCAGUUCUUUCAUUAUGGAGAAAAAAAGGGAAGUAUUUGCUGAUAAACGAGGGCUACACAGGCAGUUCCAUGGCCGUGACCACGCCAAAACAUCCGCCAACUUUAGCAGGAGUUCUUCUCUGUCUCGCAGAGAAUUGGAGGCGGCCGUCCCCAUGACGAGGAGUAACACGCAUCCCCAAAUCCUUAGUCGUGUAAGAACUCCCUGGCUAAAUUUGGAGAUGCCGACAUUUUUUAGCCGGAAAGUGUCCCCAGGUGAGUCCAAAAGCCAUGAGAAGUUGCUAGUGAAUGUAACGGUCUGGCAGAGCAUUGGGGCCCUGCGUGUAUUAAUCUCUACACAUGCAACUGUGCUGGACGUCAUUAAAGUAGCCGUUGAGUUGUAUGCAAAGGAAGGGCGGCGGCCAUUUUUAAACUCUGAUCCGCUUUCUUUUGACUUGCAUUUCUCUCAGUUCACCAUUGAUUGUUUAAACCUGAAUGAUAAUGUGAAGGAUUUGGGGUCUCGUAAUUUCUUCUUGUGUCCGAAGAAGAAAACUAGUAUCGGGGACUUUAGUUGCAGAACGGAGAUGGUGAAAAGUUCAACGACGUUAGAGUCGUGGAAGAAAUUAAUAGAUUGCUUUGUAUUAUUGCCAUGAGGGUAUGUUAUUCACACAAAUCCAUAUUUGUAGUGUAUAUAGAUUAGCAUCAUGGAUCUCGAAUAUUUGUAAUAUAUAUCAGAAUAUUUGCAUCAUGGACCUUAAAUAUUUGUAAUAUAUAUCAGAAUAUUUGUAAUAUAUGAGA